AUGGCGUACUACAACCCCCAACAACAGCAGCCCUAUGGCAAUGCCCAAAACCUACAGUUCUACUCUUCGUCAUACUCGAAUCAACCUGUUUCCGGCACGUCGACUCCCUUCCAGGCAUUCAACGGCGGAGCGCAAACAUCAGCAUACCCCUCAAGUUAUGGCGCAGGCUUCGGUGGUCAGCCCGCUGUGUCUGGACGUAUGGGUGAACAAGGAGGCUUGACGAUGGGAUGGCUGGCGGCAUUUGGCACCGAGGGAUAUCCUGGAGAGCCGCCGUUGUUGGAAGAGCUGGGUGUCAACUUUGGACACAUCAAGACAAAGACUCUUACCGUCUUGAACCCUCUGGCUAGAAUCGACCAGCACAUCAUGGACGACUCUGAUCUGGCAGGACCUAUCCUCUUCUUCCUGCUGUUCGGCACUUUCUUGCUCUUGUCUGGCAAGCUCCACUUCGGUUACAUCUACGGACUGGCCGCUUUGGGCAGCAUCUCGCUCCACUGGAUCCUCUCGCUCAUGUCACCUCCCCUUUCUCCCGCCGAAACUGCAGCUCAGCAACAAGACCCAUCAUCUGCACACGGCGGUCACUUCUCGGCGACCCUGACCAUCUGGCGCUCAGCAUCCGUCCUCGGCUACUGCCUUCUUCCUCUUGUCUUGACAUCUUUCAUCGGCAUCGCACUUCCCCUCGAUGGACUGUUGGGCUACAUUCUGACGAGCUUGGCGAUUUCAUGGUGUACAUACAGUAGCAGUGCCAUGUUCUGCGCCGUGGGAAGAAUGACUGGCAUGCGAGGCUUGGUUGCUUACCCCUUAGCUCUUUUCUACGUCGGAUUUGGCAUUAUGGCUAUUUUCUCAAGCAGAGGCACUGGCACUAUUACCAGCAACCUCAAGGCUGGUGCUUAG